AUGACGGUCAGAUUCGUUGUGACGUGUUUGUUUUUGAUAUGUAAUGUCGGGAAAAACAUCGAAUCCGCUAAACUACAAGCUUUACCAUUACCGUCUUACAUUGGAAAGGGCUGUCUGAGGGACGACCCUAACUUGAACGAAUGUAUCGUGCGUAAAGGAGCUCCCGUAAUCGAUAUAAUAGUUAAAGGUGACCCAAAGUAUAGGAUACCAAAGUUGGACCCUCUGGUCAUACCGGCAUUGACGAUUCAACAAGGCACGAAACAAGUGGGACUGAUGAUGACUUGCAAGAAUUGCGAGUUACACGGACUGAAAGACACACGAUUUGUUAAAGCCAGAGUGGAUGAAAAAAAAAGACACGUAGAAUGGGAUUUUGAACUCGACAAGUGCACAUUUUUGGGGCAGUAUGAAAUCGAAGGACAAGUUCUGAUACUGCCCAUCAAAGGCGAAGGAGACGCCAACAUCACAGUUAAUGGAAUUACGUUCACAUAUUUCUACGAUUAUGAACUGAUUAAAAGAGCAAAUCAAAAAGAUUACGUAGAGAUCACCAACAGCAAAUUGAAGUUCAACGCUAAUGGAAUGAAAUUGAAAUUAGACAACUUGUUCAAUGGAGACAAACUUUUGGGGGAUAACAUGAACCUUUUCUUGAACGAAAACUGGAGAGAUCUACUCAAAGAGUUCGGACCGGCCAUCGGCGACGCGUUCGGUACGAUCAUGAAGAACACGUUGGGAUCGGUGUCCGACUUGGUGCCGUACGAAUACAUUUUUCCGACCAGUUAACGUGGUUACUCCCGCUGACACUUGCACGUUUCCCCCGAUGUACAUAGUUGUUGUUUUUUUAUCAUAUUAUCAACACAACAUUUCUGUAACUGUACGCAUGUGUAUAGUUAACGAUUGUGUCGACGUGUAACCGGCAGCGAGUGCUCGAAAUCAGGUAUCGAACAACAAUCAGUUUUAACGCGUUUCGGAAUAACAUUGGUUUACAUUUACUUAGAGCCGCGGUCACACUACGAUAGUAAAACGCAAUAGAGUUUUUUUUUUCGCGACAACUGUUAUCGUUGUAGUGUGUAGGUACAACACUCACCUCAGUACAACAGUAGGUAACUACAGUUGAUAGAAAAAAUCGUAACAGUAAAGUAACUACCUAUCGGGUUAUAUUCUGUACAUCAGUGAUUAUCAAAAUUUUUCAUUCUUGGGCUCAUUUUCAGUAUUUCUUCGGGUAGCCUCAAGAAAUAUUUAAGCUUAAGUUAUAUCUAUCUGCUGUGUUCCAUUCAGAAUGAUAUGUACAUAGGAGGAAAAUCAAAAUUAGACGGUGUAUAUUUAAUAUUAUAUUUUUGCUAUCGUGAUUUUAAUAUUUUUGGUGCGAUUGGCGAAUCAUACUUGAUUUGACGGAGUGUUGUUAAAAUAUAUUAUACGCAUACGAGUAUAUGAUAUGCAUAGGCGUGCGCAGACUUUGUCCGCAGGGGGGGG